AUGGAAAAUACACUACUUUCUUCAAGUGAACCAUUUUUUGAUAAGUCAUUAUCAUCAAUUGAAUUUCGUUCAUCAACAACAAGAGCGACAUCAUUUGAUUCGCCAUCAAGAGCUAGUCUACUGCCAGCUGAAAAUAUUUCAUUUAUCGCAUCACCAAUUACUCCGCUUGAUUCUUCCAAACAUCAUUAUGAUUCAAUUCUAUUGCAAAAAUAUUCAAUGCAGAUUCAAUCACAACGAGUAUGA